AUGAGCCAUGGAAACGAGAGUUUCAACUACCUGGACUAUGUGGGAACCCAGACUUUGGCCAUGGACAUUGAUCGCUUGCGUCAGGCCUUGGGCGCUGAGAAGCUGAGUUUCAUGGGCCUCAGUUACGGCACGGCAGUGUCAGUAGUUUAUGCCACAGCCUACCCAGAGCAUGUUGGGAAGGUCGUGCUCAACGGAGUCGUAACACCUGGCCCUAUGAAAGAGGACUACUACUCGAGCCAAGUGAUCUCAUCGCAGCAGGCCAUGGCAAAGUAUCUGCAGAUUUGCAAUGAUGAGGGGGAGAAGCAGCAUGUGCCAGAUGACAUGCUUACGAGAUGUGCUUUGCCAACCACCGAUCCGGAGCUCUUUUUCGCAGAUCUGGUGGAGAAGAUCCGAAGGAAUGCCUCCUCGCCAUCGUCGAUGUAUUCCAGAAGCACCCGCACAGGCAAGGCCUUCACUCUCACGCCCCCGAUGCUUUAUCAAUACAUGAACACCGAUAUAACGCUGCCAUCAGCCUCUCCGUGGACCAAAACCCUCGAACUCUUGAACAUGCUGGGUGGCCACAAUGAAUCUGCUGUGACCAGUGCCACAGAAAGCAUUUUUGAUCAAGUGUGCACGAACGACUGGAAGACCUAUGGAUACUGCUUCGACUACAUGGACUAUGUCCACAGCGCACACUCGGAUGGCGGGCUCACCGAGAAUGCGGUCCGUGGCCUGGACUAUGCAGGCGUCUACUCUGCCAAGGGUGGCAAGGGCGUUUUCAACGCCUUGAAGGACCGCUACGGUGCUUCACCGCUCUUCUUCGGGAACAUGAAGGCAGGCUAUGGGCUGAUGUCCUGGGCUCCCUUGCCCACGCCGGCGCAGCUGGGGUCCCGGCCGGGCAUCCGGAUGCUUGUGGUCAACGACCUGUUUGAUCGUUCCACACCUUAUUCCAGUGCAAAGCAGAUGCGCGAGGUGUUUCCCAGUGCUCAUCUCAUGACAUGGCAAGGAACAGGUCAUAUGGUCUCUUACGCCGCAGACAGCUACGACCCAGAGGGUGUCGAGAGCUGCGUGGAAAGGAUCAAUGAUUUCAUCUUGAAUGACGUGAUGCCCCCUGAGGGGUUCACAUGCCACCAGACUCGCAAAUUCACAUGGUGA